CAUGUCGUCGCGGGUACAACGUAUACGUCUGUUCACCAUCUUUCUCUCGGUCCACUAUGGCCUCCGUUCUCGUUCCCGUCCUAUACAUCGCCAUCGUAAUCAGCAGCUUGCUAGUAUUCAGCCAUUUCUAUCGGAAACGCACUGCAGGCAAACGCUACGAGCCAUACUUUCCUUCACAUCCAGAACGUAACAUAUAUGUCACAUUAUUGCAGCGUACCGACCCUCCCGCCAACGAAGCUCUCUUGAAGGCCGCUCUCAUUCGUCGAGCCAUGGCCGAUGUAGGCCGCGUAAUGCGCCUGCGUGAAGACAAGCCUGCGCUCCAGAACUUGCUUCAAAAAGGAUCAAUAGGCGACGACCUCUGGAACAGCUUACUUGCAGCAGAAAAAGAAUUAGAAGCAGAGAUCAUGGAAGUCGUGGCAGAGGCGAAUACUUUUGUAGAAGGAUGGGGUUCUAUCAUCUUCCAGACAGCAAACGAGGUGAUCGCCAAUGAAAAAAUGCGCAGCGUGCUUGAGGAUACUGUUGCGGCAAGAGCACGCAAAGAACAAAAAUACGGAAAGCAAGCCAAGACUCUAGAUAUCCCUGCAAUUUUACCCGUAACUGUGAUGCAUGGCCCUCCAGCCCCUCAGCAAAAUGCAGCCCAGAAUGCCAGUGCCAAAAAUGCUCCUGCUCCCGCUUCAGUCGCUCCUUCGAAACCAACCAACGGUCUCACUUCACCGCCAACCACCCGCUCCGAAAGUGUUGUCUCCAGCGAUGGUGAGGGACCAAAUACCCCUGCUGGCUCAGUUUCUCAGUCACCAUCAAAAUCGUCGGCAAAGAAGGGCAAGAAACGGAAGUAGCAUGUAUCUCCGUCCAGGCUCUGUAGUUCACUCCGGGAUACUUCUUUGGUCUAUCUUAAUGAGAGAAAAUUGUAUAAAUUGAGACAG